AUGAAAAGACAGGAGAGAAGGGUGGCAGCAGCCUCACGGCGAGCCUCUCGUGCAGAGCGACCCACCAUCUGCUCCGAGUGCGGCAAGGGCUUCAGUCGGAGCAUCCACCUCAUCCAGCACCAGCGAAUGCACACGGGGGAGCGUCCGUUCCUGUGCGGGGAGUGUGGCAAGGGCUUCAGCCAGAGCUCACACCUCAUUCAGCACCGGCGGGUUCACACGGGCCAGAAACCCUACACCUGUGCUGAGUGUGGGAAGAGCUUCAGCCAGAGCUCCAACCUCCUCAAGCACCAGCGCAUCCACACCGGGCUCAAACCCUACGUGUGCAGCGAGUGCGGGAAGAUCUUCAGCGACAGCUCCACCUGCAUCAAACACCAGCGUAUGCACACGGGCGAGCGGCCCUACAAGUGCCCAGCCUGCGGGAAAAGCUUCAGCCAACAUUCCCACCUCCUUCAGCACCAGCGAGUCCAUGAUGGCAUCCGGCCUUACGCCUGCGGGCAGUGUGGCAAACGUUUUGGGCAGAGCUCUGACCUCAUUAACCACGCUCGUACCCACACUGGCGAGAAGCCUUACAAAUGCAGCCAGUGCGGCCGGGGCUUCAGUGGCAACUCCAACCUGAUCAAGCACACCCGCAUCCACACUGGCGAGCAGCCCUACCGCUGCUCCCAGUGUGGGGAAAGCUUUCGGUUCCAGCCCCAGCUGGUGCGCCACCAGAAGCACCAUACAGAGUAGAUAGAUGGUGGAGAGGAGGCGGCCAUGUGGACCAUAGGCAGCUACCUGGUGUUGGGAAGACACACAGCUGGACACCUCAUAUGGGGCAGGAAUUUUGGGGGAGGGAGCCCUCAGAGCCUGUCCCCUUUUCUUCCGGGUAAAUCUGUUUGUGAGCACUGCCCAG